UGGCAAUGGUUGCUGUUUCUCAAGCAAUGAUAAAAGUGUUAGUAAGUUUGUGUUCGUAAUUAUAUUUAAUUUUUAUACAAAUGGAUUUGCCGACAGACGUAGAAGAAAUCCUCUCAGAUGACUAUGAAGAGGGGGAAAUAUUGGAUGGUGAUAAUUUGUAUGACGAGGUGAGCUCACUAGAAGAAUUCAGUAGUGGUGAUGAAGAAUCAAGUCAAUUGCAAAAUAGUAAUAAAGAGGCCGAUAAAAGAGAUUCCGUUAUUGAGAAGCUGAAACAGAGCACUAAACACCGCAGAAAGGACCAUAAGUGCAAAGAAAAUAGUGUUUGUAGAAAAGAAAGGAAAGGCAAGCAUUGCUAUGCUAGAAUUAGGAAGGCAAAAAGUUCUAAUAAACAUAAAACAAUUUCUGAAGUAACAACGCAGUCCACUGUUGAAAGAGUUUUUCCAAGGAAACCUGAUCCAGUGCCUGUCGUCAAACAUUUAAAAUGUAGGCCUGUGAGCCCUUACAAAGUAAGACCUGAUCCUGCUCCAAAAAUACUUCAUAGAUUUGAUUAUAAAGAUUACCAUGAAAAGGAAAACAGACACAAUAAUAAGAGGUUCUGGAGUAAUCCUCCUAGGAAUAAAUUGAAGCCACCUGAAAAAAAUGUUCAUUAUCAUAGAAAUAAGCUGAAUAAAGAUAACCACUAUAAAUCAAAUUAUAAAACUCCAACGCCUCCUCCCCCAAAGGUUGCAUCUGUAGAAAUACCUAAAACUGAAACAAUCAGUAAUGACAAUAGUUUUUCUAAAACUAGCCUUUUAAAACGUUUAGUUGGUUCUGGUACAACUGGUGUAAAACCAAUUAAGGAAAAUGAAUCUUCUCUUUUUCAACCAAAACCAGAAAAUAUUGAUUCAGAUGUUAUACCAGUUUGUAAAUUGAAUGAACAUUUAGAGGCUUCAUCUGAAGGUAACCAUCAAAUGGAAAAUACUGUGACUCCUGAUGAAAAAUCUGAUGACUAUGAAAAGACCGAAAUGUUAUCUGAACAACCAAAGAAGAUAGAAGUUAAAUGGAUAAGGUCUAUGAAAGAAGACAAAGAUGAACUUCAUUUGCGAGUUGAAGCAUUAAGAAGUGCAUGGGUUAAGAAGUUUAAUGACCGUAAGAAGAAAGGACUUAUUUAUCAAAAGAAAUCUGAUGAAUCGGAUGACUUUUUGGAAGAAUUUGUACUUGGAAGUGAUAUUGAGGAUGAGAAGAAUGAUGACACAGUUAUUCUGAAAACUAAUGACAACACAGCAAAAAGUAAUGCUGUUCAUUGCUUCAAUGCAACUGAUAUCUCAGGUGACAUACUCAAGCCUGAAGAUAUGGUUAUUGUUAAUGAUAAACCUACUGAAGAGGCAAUUAUAUCAGAAACAGCAGUUGCUAGAACAGAAGGAAAUUCAUCAGUAUUUGUGGAUCCAUUAUUCUUUUCUGUAGGUCAAUAUCCACAGAAAACAAAUAUCUGUCAAGUGUCAAAUUCUAACUCUAAUCUUUCUUCUAACAAUCUAAUUACUACUGCUGUUGCUUCUUCUGAUACACUAUUAAAAAACAAGUGGGAAAAUUCAGUUAAUUACAAGAACAUUAAACUUAAGCAGACACCAUUAGAUCAAAAAUUGACUGAAAAUUAUCAAUAUUCCAUCAGUUCACACAAGUCGAAAACAAGAAGAUCAAGAUGGAAAAAACGUAGGAGAUCAAAGGGAAAUAUGAUUGAUACCACUAAAAAUAUCAAUGCUUCAAAUACGUCUGCUGAUCUUGAUGAAAAUGAACUAAGAGAAUUGGCUCUUCUUUCUGUGAAACAGAAAAAUAAAAGCAAAAUAUCUGCAACUGUUAAUGAUGUUGAUACAAAUGAAAAUAAUCCUCAAAUUAUUGAAAAUGGUGUAAUACACAUUUCCAAUAAACCAACCGAUAAAGUUAUUGCAUCCUUAUGUGAAUCCGAAAGUACUGGUGCAGGAAGUGGUGACAAUUGGGAAGAUGACCUGGAUGAAGAUAUUCUUAGAGCAAAACUUUUAAGUUCGUUAACAAAACAGGUCAGUGAAGAAAGUGCGAAGAUUGAAAGUUUGACGGCUGGUGUCCUAGAACCAAUUAGCAAAGAGAGAAUUAUAAAUACUAGAAUAUUCAAGCCAGUUGUAAAUUUAAUAAAUGAGCAUAAUUCAAAAAAGCAAGUAAUAAAGAAAAUAGAUAAAAGAAAAUUGAGGAAUAGUCUUAACAAAAAGGUUUGGAAACAGGGUAUUGCUCCUGUUCGAAAAGCUAGACAGGAGGCUCUCAUUUCUAUCAAUCAUUUCAGAAAGCCCAAGGUGUUCCAGAAAAGUGACAGCAGUAAGCAAAUCCAACUAAACAAUGCAUCCAAUGUGCGACCAAUCCCUCAGGUCGCUCAAAUGAUAAUAAAAUUAGAUGAUUCAGAUUCGUCUAGUGAUUUAGACAAUUCGACUUCGGAACCUGUAAAGUCUUUGUCUAAAUUAGAUCUAGUCCCUCCUGAAAUAGAGGCGAACAUAGAUCUUCUUCUUCGUGAGGCUGAACUAAAUUCUCAGCUGGAGAAGGGAGUUAUAGAUAGUUCUUCCAUUUCUAAACAACUCGAUAAUGAGGAGAAAAAACAGCUGCCAGAAAAUACCAUGUCAUUACAACUCUGUGCUUCCACUCCUUUGGUAGUUCAGGCAGAAAUUAAAAGACCAAAUGUCGAAACCCAUGGUAGUUCAAGUUCAAGCUCAUCUAGUUCUUGUAGUUCAGUUAAGACACCACAGGUUUUGAAACAUUUACCAGCUUGGCAACAAGAAGAAUAUAAGAGAUUAAAGAAAAAAAUUGCUGAAAAAGAAAAAGUUUUACAAGUUACUCGAUCUAAAAUAAUUGAGCCCUCAAAAGACACCAAUAUAUGUAAUAUAGUUUCUUCUGAUGUAAAAGAUUCAGCAAUUAGUGCUUUGAUGCCCAUUAUGAGUACUGACAAUACAAUUUCUCUAAACAACUUAUCGAAUAGCUCAAUAAUCGCAGAAAAUUCCUCAGGUCCUUUUAUUACCACCCUUGAAACAGUCAGUAAAAAUAUUGAUGCAGUUGAUAAACCCAUCAAGGUUGAAAAUUCAUCAUCUCCAUCAGAUAUUUUUGAUACUAGCAAAUCUUCAUUGAAUAAACCUCCACCAAAAAUUGAUAAAGCUUGCCCAGUGGAGAAUAGUAUUGCAAAAAAAAGCUUUCCUAACUUAGUGAGUUGUACAAUUAUGGAAGAAAUAAACUUAAUGAAUGAUAUAGUAAAUGAUUUUGAUAAAAAUAACACAGAAUAUGUAGACUUGAAACAGAAAACUGCUCGUUUGAAAAGAAUCUUAAAAGCAACAGAAUCAAAAAUGGCAGUAAAAAAGAAAGCAAUGUUUCAAAUCAGAGACACUUUAACCGAAAAAGAAAGGCAGAUCUCAUCAAAAAUUGGUUUAAUGGCCAGUUCAACUCAACCUGAUAAAAAUAGGCUGCAGAGUAGAGAUAUGGAAAUAGUCAAACUGAAAUAUAAAGAGGUAACUCUGCGAGCACAGGUUUUGUUUCACAAUUUCCUCAGUGAAAAAAUUGUGACAAACAAUAACGAUAAAAAAUCAGUUGGAAAUGUUGGGAAACUCGAGUUUUCACCGACGGGUAUUAAAAGGACAUUAAGCCCUAAAGAAACUACUACAUUGAAAAAGAAAUUCAUUGUCAAAGACUCUGUUGUAGCAAAGAAUGUUCUUCCGCAGGAUAAGGCUAAAGACAGUAAUGAAGUUCCUUUGAAGAGGAAUUUCAGUGGGAAGGAAAGGGAAAGAGAAGAAUGGGACCCGAAUACACCAGUAUGCCAUUAUGAUCUGCAUGGCAUUUGCAGAGACGAAGAGUGCCAAUACCAACAUUUCAAGACUGUUUGACCAAAAUGCCUGACUUUUUACAUGCUCAUUUUAAUUAACUUAAUAACCAUUUAAGAUUCCUAUAAUAAAACUGAUAUUCUGUAUCAUUGAACCAAAUGUUUUGUUGAAGAAGGACAUUCGAUGUACAUAGCCAUUGUACAUUAAUUCACCUGUGAUGUAUUUUAGGAUAAUAUUUAAUCAAUUAUUAUAUUUUUUAAAAAAGCUAGUGCCAAUGAAUUCCAAUUUAAUCUGUGAUAUCGAAUUGCCUAAUGUUACCUGGUAC